CAACGCUGCGGUUUCUCUCAAAAUCUCCCGCAACACGUACCCUCGAAACGCGCUCUACGCCAAACCCAUAAAGCAAAAACCGCCAUAGAAGAUAUUUUAGGAUCAAAUCUCCCCCGAUUUCUUCUGUGUAUCAAUGGCGGAACCAUCGUCUUUAUCAUCAUCAUGUUUUUCUUCACAGAGAAGCGAAACCCAGAAGGGUUUUACGGACCCAGAAAUGGCAGCGGCUCAGCAGCUGAUGCAACUGAGCGGAGACGACGAAGACAACGACUGCAAGAACAAGGGAAACCCAGAUGGAGAAGAGGAAGAGUUGGAGCAAAACCAAAGCGAGAUUACUUCUGCUAAGAUUGAGGAGAUUUUUGGAAGAGAAGAAGAAGAAGAAGAGGAAAAGCAGUUGCGGCCGAGGAAGCGGAGGUAUCGCUCUCUGGUUCAUAUAUAUAUGACCACCGAGCCAGUGAAUGUGAAGAAGGUGAGGUGUUGAAGAAAGCCCUUGGUAGUUUUCUAGAGACCGAUCCAGUAAGUUGUGUAAAGAGACGAUGAUCUGAAUAAUAAAAUUUUCUUUAAUUUUCAGGGAAAAA